GGCAGCUGGGAGCUCAGGAGGCCUCACCACCCCUGAGGAGUGGGCCCGCCAGCAAAGCAGUAAGGGAUGGCGUGGAGCCCUCCCAGGGCCUGAGAAGAGUGUGUAACCCACAGCCCGUUGGACCCGGAGCCUCUAAGUCGGGGGGGCUGCACCAGCCGGGAGACAAGAAGAAUGGAUGCUUCGGCCCCUGGCGACAUGCACACGGUGUAAUGACAGGCUCAGGGUCGGCACUCCACAAAAUCAAGUUCUCCUAGGCCCAGCCCUCUCCGAAGAAUGGAUUACAUAAUUUCUGCCUUCUGGGGUGUUUCUGAGACUCAAGUGAGAUCAAGUAACUGCCAAGCUGUUUUCCAAAAUGGUUGUACCAUUGACCACUCCCUCCAGCAGCACUCUGAGAGCUCCAGUCAUCCCACAUACUCCCCAAUACUUGGAAAUGAGCAGGUUUGCAGAGAAACUACUGGCCUGAAAUUUAAGACAAAGGCGUCGUUGCUUGAUGGGACCUCCUUGGGCUGGCUUCACCUCAUACAGAGAGACUGGGAAGCCCACAGGCUCAAUGGCAAGGCAUUGAGGGCUCUGGCUGAGACCAUGGCCAAUGGCAUUGACGAGCUCAUCGGCAUUCCCUUCCCCAACCACAGCAGCGAGGUUCUGUGUAGCCUGAACGAGCAGCGGCACGAUGGCCUGCUCUGCGACGUGCUGCUGGUGGUGCAGGAGCAGGAGUACCGCACCCACCGCUCCGUCCUGGCGGCCUGCAGCAAGUACUUCAAAAAGCUCUUCACAGCCGGCACCUUAGCCAGCCAGCCCUACGUCUACGAGAUCGACUUCGUCCAGCCAGAGGCCCUGGCCGCCAUCCUCGAGUUCGCCUACACCUCCACGCUCACCAUCACCGCCUCCAACGUCAAGCACAUCCUCAACGCCGCCAGGAUGCUGGAGAUCCAGUGCAUCGUGAACGUGUGCCUGGAGAUCAUGGAGCCUGGCGGGGACGGCGGGGAGGAGGACGACAAGGAGGACGACGACGAUGACGAGGAUGACGAUGACGAGGAGGAUGAGGAGGAGGAGGAGGAGGAAGAGGAUGAGGAAGAGGAUGACGAUACGGAGGAUUUCGCUGAUCAAGAAAACUUGCCCGACCCCCAGGACAUCAACUGCCACCAGAGCCCUUCCAAGGCGGACCAUCUCACAGAGAAGGCCUAUGCGGACACACCCAGGGACUUCCCGGACUCCUUCCAGGCCAGCAGCCCUGGCCAUCUGGGCGUUAUCCGGGACUUCUCCAUUGAAUCUCUGCUGAGGGAGAACCUGUACCCCAAAGCCAACAUCCCCGACAGGAGACCCUCCUUAUCUCCCUUUGCCCCAGACUUCUUCCCACACCUCUGGCCAGGGGACUUUGGUGCCUUUGCCCAGCUGCCCGAGCAGCCCAUGGACAGUGGGCCCCUGGACCUGGUCAUCAAGAAUCGGAAGAUCAAGGAAGAGGAGAAGGAGGAGCUGCCCCCGCCCCCGCCCCCGCCCUUCCCGAAUGACUUCUUCAAGGACAUGUUCCCGGACCUUCCCGGGGGGCCGCUGGGCUCCAUCAAGGCGGAGAAUGACUAUGGUGCCUAUCUCAACUUCCUGAGUGCCACCCACCUGGGAGGGCUCUUCCCACCCUGGCCCCUGGUGGAGGAGCGCAAGCUGAAGCCCAAGGCCUCUCAGCAGUGCCCCAUCUGCCAUAAAGUCAUCAUGGGGGCCGGGAAGCUGCCGCGGCACAUGCGGACCCACACCGGGGAGAAGCCAUACAUGUGCAACAUCUGCGAGGUCCGCUUCACCAGGCAGGACAAGCUAAAGAUCCACAUGCGGAAGCACACGGGGGAGCGGCCCUACCUGUGCAUCCACUGCAACGCCAAGUUCGUGCACAACUACGACCUCAAGAAUCACAUGCGCAUCCACACGGGCGUGCGGCCCUACCAGUGCGAGUUCUGCUACAAGAGCUUCACGCGCUCCGACCACCUGCACCGCCACAUCAAGCGCCAGAGCUGCCGCAUGGCACGGCCGCGGCGGGGCCGCAAGCCCGCCGCCUGGAGGGCCGCCAGCCUGCUCUUCGGGCCCGGGGGCCCGGCCCCAGAGAAGGCGGCCUUCGUGAUGCCCCCGGCGCUGGGCGAGGUGGGCGCCCACCUGGGCGGGGCCGCCAUGUGCCUGCCGGGCCCCAGCCCCACCAAGCACUUCCUGGCGGCGCCCAAGGGCGCGCUGAGCCUGCAGGAGCUCGAGCGGCAGUUCGAGGAGACGCAGAUGAAGCUGUUCGGGCGCGCCCAGCUGGAGGCCGAGAGGAACGCAGGCGGCCUCCUGGCCUUCGCGCUGGCCGAGAACGUGGCCGCGUCCAGGCCCUACUUCCCGCUGCCUGACCCGUGGGCCGCGGGCCUGGCCGGCCUCCCGGCGCUCGCCGGCCUCAAUCACGUGGCCUCCAUGUCUGAAGCCAACAACUAGGCUGGUCCUGUCCUCCCCAGUCCAGCUGCCCUGGCCUCUCUCCCAGCGGGCCCACCUGCCCCAUCCAGCGGAUCGGAACUUAUUCCAAAAUCACAAGAAAGAAAUGAAAUAUAUGUCAGCAGCAAUGGUAUUUCCCGGGCCUCCUGAGGCAGCUGCCUCCCUUUUGCUUCUGUCUGAGAUGGGCAUCUCCCCUCAGCGGGGCCAGCCUCUCCCUGACUGUCUGGCUCUCACACGGGACUCACAGGGUCCCAGCCUCGGAGGAGGCCCCACGCUGGGUGCCCCACGCUGGGUGCCCCACGCUGGGUGCCCCACGCACUCCCGAGCUGUGCCUGCAGGGAGGAGGCUGGGCCAGAGGCAAACCAGAUGCAGCAGAGAUGAGGGGAGGGGCCUGGGCACACCCCUGGUUGAGCCCCACAGCCUAAGCAGAGUCCCUGCGGACACUGCGCUGGUGGGUCCUAUUGGCAGGGAGGCCUCCUGGAGUCAGGAGCGAGUCUCCUGGAGUCUGGGCCCAUUUUUUCCUCACCGUCCUGUGACCUUGAACGGGUCAGCUUUCUGUACCCCAGUUUCACACUCCUAUGAAGGGGGGCUGGUGAUUUAGUUUUUCCUCUCCCACCACCCACCCACGUGUACGUGCCUGUUCCUCCAGAAGCAAUUCUUGUGAGGGCAGCAGCGGGUGAAAAUGGCUGGAAUAUGGGAGUUAGUUUUAUCACAUCCACCUCUGUAUUAGCACAGGUGAGACAUGUGGCCAAACUAGACACUGGUGACAGAGAGAGGGCUGGGUGGGGAUUGGCCACAGGCCACAGGCAGCUUUGGGGAAGACCACACAUUCUCCUCUGUUCUCUGGGCAGCCUGCUGUGCAUGUCUGUGAUGACGUUAGCAUCUACCCCACCUCCACGCACCCCCUCCAAAGCUGCAGGGCAAGCAUGUCAAACUCGCAGCCCGCGGACCACAUGCCUCUUUAUUUGGCCUGUGUUCGCCUUUGAGUUUGACAUGCUUGCUGUAGGGAGUCCUGAGGUCAACAAAGAAGGGAUGGGGACCCUGUCUUGACACCGGUCAACCGCCUGCCUCUACUUUGAUCCCUGGAAAUAGACCAAACUCCUGGUUCCCCCGGUUUACCUGUUUGCUUUUCAAGUUGUGGGUUUCCCUUGGCUGCAUUUGAACACCCUCGACCCUUCCCUCCAGGGAUGAAGCUGGGGUGUGUGGCUCCCCUCAGGGCAGGGAGGCUGAGCCUAGGCUCCAACAUGGGUCUGACGGGCUCUGUGAGGUGGGCUGUCCACACACUCUCCCUGGUUCUCGAGUUUGUAGCAGGUCCUGAGAAGGAAGACAGCUCUGCUGGCCCAGUGCCUUCCUGCUCUCUCCCCUCUCCUGCCUUCCCUCCCUUUCCUUGCUGAGUUUGCUUUUGUUUCCCAGUAGCCAGGAAAGGAGGAGCGUUCAUCCACACAGGCUGAUGCUCCCAGCCCCAGAGCUGUGGGCCCCCGAGACUUUACUCUUCUUCUCGCCUUGGCUUCUUCCUGCAAACACAACGAACAAAAAGGCCAGAGAAGACCACGGACUCUGUCACGCCCCCAGCUCCCCAGAAGAGACCCCUGACGCCAGACGCCCCCAGAUGCCAUUACGCCCAGAGGGGAUGGAUUGCUUCGGACACCCUCUUAUCUUCACAUGUCACUGCUUGGGCAGCCACCUCUUAGAUUUCUGUCUCCUUUCCUGACACUUGCCGACAUGCCCAUGUCCCCCCAAGCCAGGGGAUUGGGGCUGACCGAAACUUUAAAAGAAAACAAGGGAAAUGAACUCAUUGGUAUCCAGUGGUAUCGGGCUUUUGUUUUUAUUUUGUAAAGGUAACGCCUUCUUAUAAACUCCGUUUUUUCAGAUGA